AUGGAAGUGCAAAAUUGGACAUUAGAUCCUGCUUGCUCUGCCAAUGACCCCCCAUUCUCCCAGAUGAUAUUGGAAAGCCUUGAUUUAACAGGAAAAUUACUCUUUGCCAUCUUGACUUUAAUGACAUUGACUGCCAACCUGGUAUUUGUGGAGGAAGUGUUCUACAUCUACCAGAAAAUACCCUGCUCCAAAAAGUCAAUUUUCAUUUGGAUAAAUGCAGCUGCUCCAGUGAUAGCGACUACGUCAUGCAUUGGGAUGUGGAUUCCACGUUCAACAAUGUUUACAGAUUUCACUGCAGCAGUUUUUUUUGCCAUAGUUAUCCACAAGUUCCUGCUCAUGAUGAUUAACGAGUGUGGAGGUCAAGAAUUAUUCCUCAGGCGGUUUGAAAACGACCGCUUCAAGAUAAGCACGGGCCCUUGCUGCUGCUGUUGCCUUUGCCUCCCUUUUAUACGCAUUAAUAGGCAAACACUAUUUUUACUGAAGCUGGGGACUUUCCAACUUGCUUUCCUCCGCCCUGUGCUAAUGUUUAUAUCAAUAGUUCUUUGGACCAAUGGAAACUACAAACUUUCUGAUUUAUCUCCAAAUGGAGCUGCCAUAUGGAUUAACUGCUUUGUAGGCGUGCUGACUAUCAUUGCUCUGUGGCCAAUUGGAAUUAUGUUUCAACGAGUUCGAGCUCUCCUUAACUGCAAGAAGAUUAUUCCUAAAUUUGCACUUUAUCAGUUUGCCCUUGUCCUGAGCCAGCUCCAGGCAGCCAUCAUCAACAUAGUAGCGAUGCAAGGGGCAAUUGCGUGUGCACCCCCACUUUCGUCUUCAGCAAGAGGAGCAUACAUGAACCAACAGCUGCUCAUUAUGGAAAUGUUUCUUAUAACUCUGAUCUCACGAGUUGUCUAUCGGAAAAGAUAUGAUGACCUGGAGCUUCCGGAGAGUUCAGAACAGGAAACUGUUAUCAAUAAACAGAAUAGCAUUGUCAGUGGUGGAGACAACCUUUUUGAAAAGGAAACAUCAGGCAUUGUUCAUAUCUCAGCUGGGAUGCAACUUUAACUUUGUGCGUCAAUAUCUCUGGCCAAUACAUCUGCAGUAUUUGCAGAGGUAUCUUUCUGAUAUUUUCUGAUAUUUUCUGGUAAUGCAAAGAAGAAUAUUGGCACAGCAAGUGGAACAAAUUCACAUGAACCAGACAUUCAGGUCUAAAAUGGAUAUAGGGAGCUAAAGUGAUAUAAUGCACAUUGGCAAAAUGAACCAUCCAAUAAUUAAAUAUUCUGCUUUGAAUAUGUCUCCACUGUGUAAGAGAUAAUGAGAACAAUGGUUAAGCAAACUUUAUUUGGAUUCCUCUUGCAUCUCCUUUGAACUAUGGUGUUUUAUAGAACUCCAUCUUUAGGGAUGCCCUGGUAAAAGAUUGUCAUCCUGUUUCAGCAUACACUCCUGUACUCAGAUGUAACAUGCUAUUUAUGUAAUAUGCUAUAUCAGAGAUGAAUGUGCAUAACUUUUGUGUAUGAGUUGUGAGGAGGCUCAGCCAUUUUCUGUUCUAAGUGAAACUCUCAUUCUCUUAGUUCAUAUAACACGUGCACACGCACACAAUUUUUUAGAAAUCAGCUGUUUUCAAUGUGCCUUUUGCUAUAUCAUAGACAAAAUUGAAAUAUUUGGUGGUGGUGGCCAUCAGUUAGAGUUGAAUCACACGUACAUUGUUUUAGGAAAGAAACUUGGUCACACUAGUUCUGAGGUGAGCAAAGUGUGGCUCUCCAGAUGUAGCUGAACUACAGCUCCCAUCAUCCCCAGCUGUAAUAAAUUGUGGCUGGGAGUGAUGGAAGUUGUAGUUCAGCAACACCUGGAGAGCCACAUGUUGCCUAUCCCUGCUCUAGUUGAUGAUUUGUGCUAGGAACUGACUGGGGAAUUGCAUCCCUGUUGGUUUUGCUGGACCUUGCCACGCAUUUUGAUACCAUAGACCAUGGUGCCCUCCUUGUCCACCUUUCAGGGAUGGGGUUGGAAGGUAUGAUUUAAUGGUAGCUCCAUUCCUUUCUGAUGGGUAGGUUCCAGAAGGUGGUGUUGGAGGACUUCUGUUUGACAUCAUGGCCAUUGGCUUACAUAACACUUUCAACUCUCAUGUGAAAGGCGGCAGUGGUGCUCUUUGGACUGGACUACCCAGUCAAGGUCCAGUCCCCUGCAGGCCUGGCGGUGGCCUCCAAAUGCUGCCCUGGGGGGCCUCCAAAUUCUGAACAUGCAAAAUGUGGUAUCUCUCUGCAAGUCGGUGGAACUUUUUUUGGAAUCUCUUCCAACAUUAAAAAGAGUUUCCAGCUUUCCCUGAAGAUGUUCUGGUGUAAAAAAAAUAGUGCAUUGCAGCUUAUCUGGCGGUGGUGGCAGUGGCAAUGGUGGCGGGGGAGGGGGGAAUGCCUUUAGGUCCAGACUCCAAAAUUACCUAUGUGCACCUCUGAAAGGGAGUCAUGUAUGCUGCCCUGAUUCAGAAUGCAUAUGUCACACAUACACUCUUUCACAUGAGAUCCUUUGGAUCUCAUCAGAAGGGGAAGUGUGAAUCAGAUAUCAGAUUUUUCAGAUGAACUUUCAAAAUCAAAAUCAAAGCAGCAAUCCAGCAUAUAUUAACUCAGAGAACUACAUUGAUUUAUUAUAUUAUUUAGCUAAUGCACAAGCUCAGGUCCCAUCCAUUGCCAUGGGGUAGUGCUAUUUGGAAAGAACAGGUAUUAGGCAUUUUUUUACUGUAACAAAAUGUCCUGCCUAGUUGAGUGGUUGAGGGUUGGUGUCACAUUUCAAGGGGCUCUGGGGCAAAGCCCUGUGCUGCCCACCUAAUGCUGUGAUUAUGGCUGAGUAGCAGGGUGGCAGUGCUCUGAAACACCUAGCAGCAGCUGCAACUGUCACGUUUUAAAAAAGAACAAUGUCCUGUCCUUCCCAAUCAUAAGGUGCAGCUCUAGAGGGUUACAGUGUAUGUCUCUGCAGAUACAUGGUGUACUUACAGACACCAAGGAGGGGGGCGUGGAGUGGAAUGAAGCAUGACAAUGCAGGGGUGGGGUUGCUGGUGCACUGCAGGAAGUGUAUAUAUAGUGUGUUGUGUAUAUAUUGUGUAUAGUGUACACAGUUAUGUAACGCAUGAAUAGGGCUUGCCAUCUUCCAAUAUAAUAGAUUAACUUUUACACAGCUGCCAUAAAAUCAUAUAUGUUAUGAGCCUCAUUCAGUGCUUCCAACAGUUGUGAAGAAGAAGAAAAGUAUUUUAUCUUGCUUUCUUGAAGCCUAAAAGUAAUGACUUGGAUUAUCCCAACAACUGUGAUGAAAGGUUAUUUUCAUCCUGAUUUUACAGGUAGUUGUAGCAACAUACAGAGUAGCAUAUGAUUAAUGUUGAGCAGAAGCUUAACUAAGAUAGGGCAAUAAUUGGCAGGCAAAAAACAACAGAGAAAUGAACAGUACUAUUACUGUAAGUAGGAGCAGGAGAGGGAGCCCAAGAACUGAGUAUUUAUGUUGCCACAAGGGCAUCGGGUUUAUACUGCAUGCAUAGUAGAGAAUCAUGAAAUUGUUGAAAUAGCCUUCCUAGCAGCUUGUGUAAUCUUUUGGAGAAUCCCUUAGUAUGACUAACAAAUUAAUCAAGAGUGCAAUCUUUAGGAGAAUCCCUUAGUAUGACUAACACAUUAAUCAAGUGUGCAAUCUUUAGGAGAAUCCCUUAGUAUGACUAAUAAAUUAAUCAAGUGUGCCUGUGUGUGAGAGCAGAAAUCAACUAGACAAGCUUGAUCAGAGUCAGGAUCAAGAUACCAGGGAUUGUUUGGCAAAAGCUCUCUCACCCAACCAAUCCUGUGUAAACAACCUGCCUGCAAUCAGGUUUACUUCAACCUCCAGUGCAUAUUGCUCUGAAGCCUCCUCUGGUUAGCACCAGGAAAGUUCCAAUUUAGCUAGUAAAAACCAUCAUCUUUUCACUUAACGGAUCAAGAGCAAACACUCUUGCAUCUGCAGUAAUGUAUCUCCUGUUAUUUCAUCUGCAUUUGAACCAUCAACCUUCUGCAAUAUCUUGCCUCUUACAUGUGCAUGAUUUUGGA